ACAUUUUUUAUCGUUUGUCACCACUUCAACUGACUCACUCAAUCAAACCCCACCCCACUCCCCUUAACAAUUUACCUUACACUACUUAUUUUCACAUCUAUUAUCUGAGAUCUAUUUUAGUCCCAUUUAUAGAAAUCUCCUUAAAAUCAAAUAUCUAUCUAUUCCAGUUUAUUUAUCUAUAUAUUAUACCCCCCAUUAUCUAUUCAUUACAGUCAGUUAGUAGUCAUAACCCAACUAUGGCAAUCAAUAUAGACCAUCCUCAAGUGGCUUACUCCGGAACAAGUCCCAUAUCAAUAUCAACCAUAUUAACUCCCAUAACUACCAAUACCCAUAAAAAGAAAAGGAAACAAUCAAUAUCAUCCCCUUUAUUAAUCAAAUCUUCUAAAUCUUUAAAACAAUCUAUUAGUAUUGGAAGUAUCAAAUCAGAUUUAUAUAAUCAAAGAUUGAAUACUUAUAAGAAUCAUCCCCUUAUAAAUGAUCAUCAACAAGAGAAAUACUUUUAUGAAGAUGAAUUAGAUGAUACAUCUUUUGAAGAAGAGGAGGAAGAAGAAGAUGAUGAUGAUGAGGAUGAUGAAGAUGACGUGGAUGAAGUUACAUUCUCAUACUCCGAUGAUUAUUCCUUAAGUUCAUAUUCAACUCAUAAACAUACCAUCUUAUCUAAAUCUCCUUCCAUUCAAUCAAUAUCAUCAUCAUCAAAUUAUUCCAGUUCAAUAAAUCUUAAUAAUAUAUUCACUACUACUACCACCACCACCGUAUCUCCUUCUUAUAUAAAUACUACAUCUCAAGUUAUGAAAUCUUUACCAUCAACCGAUUCAUUAACUAAAUUAUUACAAGAUUCAAAACCAAGAACUAUCCCUGAUCAAAUUGAUGAAUCUAUUGAAUUUGUAUCCAAGAAUGAUACAAAUUCUGAUAAUACUAAAUCAGUGGUAUUUUCAAAUUUAACUAAAUCAAUUAAGAAAAAUUGGAGAUUACUUAAGAAUAAUCCUAUAUUUUUCCUUAAAGAAUCUCCAAGAUUAACCGAUGAUAUCUUACCUAGUGAAAAUGUCAAGACAUCCACCAUCCCAGAUGAACCACAAGAAUUAAUUACUUUCAAUAAGGAAGAAACUCAUCAUAAUAACGAUCUUAUUAAGAUUCCUUCGAGUAAAUCAUUCAAGAAUAGAGAUCAUCGGAUUAAUUCAACAUUUUUAAGAUUAUACGCUAUGGAUUAUAAUGCAAGAGCCAUCACUAAGACUUUAAUUAAUCAACCAUUAUCGAAUAAUACGAAUGAUUUAAAUGUUUUCGAUGAUGAUGAUGGGAUUGAUCAAUAUAUUAAUGAUAAUCUUAUUGAAUUCCAUCAAAAAUAUAAUCUUUAUCGAAUUUCAAAUAUUUCCAGAGAUAAAUUAUGGAAAAGUGUCAUAUUGGCUCCAAGAUUAGAUAAUUCUCCCUUAAAUCAUAUUAAUUGUGAUGAUUAUGUUUAUGUUGGUGAUGAAGAAAUCACCGAAGAAAAGGAUGAAGAAAAAUCUUCUGAAUCAUCUGAAGUUGAUCAACGUCCUGUCAUUUCAAGAUCUUAUAGUUUAACUAGAAAGCAAGGGAAUUAUUUACCAUGGACAACUACUUCCAAAACUUUAAAUCCGGUAAGAUCAAUCAAACCAGCAGGUAUUCUUAAUAAUUCAUGUAAAUUAAAUCAUGGAUUAUCACCUACAUCAGGAUUUACAAAGGCUCAAUUCACUGUUAAAGGAUGGUGUAAUCCAAGAUGGAUUGAUACUUCUAAUGAAAUUGAAACUUAAACUAACUACUAUUUAUGAUUACUUUUUUUUAUUUUUAUUUUGCUUUGUUGUGGUUCAUUCUUAGAGAAGGGGCUGUCUUUGCUUCUUACUUCUCUUUAUUCUUCUUCUUUCUUUUGGGGUUUUAUUAUUAUUAUUAUUAUUAUUAUUUAUGUAUUUUUAUGGGAAAAGACACGGUUAAACAGGUUAUUGUCUUUUUAUUUUUAUUUUUAUUGUUUAUAGAAUAAUGAACUCUAUAACAAAGCAAGAUUAUCAAAGGUUUUCAAUAGGUUAGAUUAAAAUUAUAUAGUUUAGAUUAUAUAGUUAAUAAUAUGUAUAU